GUGAAGUGGCACUUUAACUGUGCAGCUGUAAUAUUUUGGUACGCCUGUGCCUCUGAGAUUUGGUGUAGUAGCCUUACACCGGUCCUCUGUCAUGUCGGAGAGAGCAGCGCAGUGAACACACACAGCCGCCGGUGUCGAGCCCCUCCUCUGUCUAGCUAGGAAGACGUCCCGUUACAUGGGCCCACGCUUGUAAAUUAAAUCUGAUUCGAGGUGGAAAAAAGCAGUCUUCAGCAUUUAAAAUAAAUGGUUUCGUUUCUCCCCGCCAUGUCAGUCAGCUUCCAUCGUGUCGAGCUAGCUAGCAGCGUUAGCAUCAAUAUUGUCGCGCGAUUGCAGCCGAACGUAAUGUUAGCGUUCGAUAGCUGUGUGUUAUGUUCGCGGUUUCCAUGGUGUCGGUUCCUUCACUCAUUGUUCGCUCCUCAUCAGUCAUUCUGUUCCAGUCUUUGCCUAGAAAGCAAUGAACAAUGACAAUAGUUGACAGAUCUUCAGAAAAGUCUGACCACGAGUCAGUCGGGUGUAAGCGAUCUCCCUUCACCAGUGGAGACGUGGGGAUGGACGGCAGCUGUUCCAGCAGCUGGGCAGUGGGUCCCACCAUGACCGGCGACUCUCCGAGGCUGAAGGCUCCAGGAGGCUGCCUGGGCCCGACGCCUGGAGCUGUAGUCUACAACAGUACACCCUCCUCUGUGGACCGCCCCAAGGAGCAAGUGAUAAGCAGUGAUGACGGCAUUGACUUGCCCCAGAAGGUCCUCUUCCCUCCAGAGCGGCUCAACCUAAAGUGGACCCAGGUUCACCGCAUUGGUGCAGGUCUGCAGAAUAUGGGGAACACCUGCUUCCUCAACUCAGCCCUGCAGUGUCUCACCUACACCCCUCCGUUUGCCAACUAUAUGUUGACACGGGAGCACUCCAAAACUUGUCACGAGCCGGGGUUCUGUAUGAUGUGCACCAUGCAAAACCACGUUAUUCAGGUUUUUGCCAACUCUGGGAAUGUCAUUAAGCCUAUUGGUGUUCUCAAUGAGCUCAAAAGAAUUGCAAAGCACUUCCGCUAUGGAAGCCAGGAGGAUGCUCAUGAGUUCCUGCGGUACACAGUGGAUGCUAUGCAAAAGUCCUGCUUACCUGGAGCCAAGUUGGACAGGCAAACGCAGGCAACAACUUUCAUCCAUCAAGUUUUUGGCGGGUAUCUGAGGUCCAGAGUCAAAUGUUUAAACUGCAAAGCAGUCUCUGAUACAUUUGACCCUUUUCUGGAUAUUCCUCUGGAAAUUAAGACAGCUCCCAGUGUCUCCAAGGCUCUGGAGCAGUUUGUCAAGCCAGAACAGCUGGAUGGAGAAAAUGCCUACAAAUGCACCAAGUGCAAAAAAAUGGUCACAGCCUCGAAGAGAUUUACCAUCCACCGCAGCGCCAACGUGCUCACCCUCUCACUCAAACGCUUUGCAAACUUUAGUGGAGGCAAAAUCACAAAGGAUGUGAAAUAUCCAGAGUACCUGGACCUGCGGCCCUUCAUGUCUCAGUCCCAAGGGGAGCCCCAGGUCUAUGGGCUGUAUGCUGUGCUGGUCCACUCUGGAUUCAGCUGUCACGCUGGACACUACUUCUGCUAUAUAAAGGCAAGCAAUGGGCAGUGGUAUCAGAUGAACGACUCCUCUGUGUCUGUUAGUGACAUCAGGUCUGUUCUCAACCAGCAGGCCUAUGUCCUUUUCUACAUCAAGUCAAGUGAUGUGAAGAAAACAGGAGAGUACAGCCACAUGAGCCCUGGUCAGUCAUCUCCACGACCGGUGGUGAUACCGCGCAUCAACACCACUGUCCACCACAACAACAUUGGCUUCAUUGGUCCCCAGCUGCCACCCCACAUGGCCAAGAGCGCUCUUCAUGUAAAUGGGAAUGGAUCUCUGAGGGACUAUCCCACUAACUCCAAGCCCAGCACCAGCAGCAGUGUUGUGGGAAAACCUAGCCAUGGAUUGUCCUCUUCCUCUUCGUCCAUCUCCCACUCAAUGAGCCGGCCCACAAUGAUCCCAGAUCAUGACAAACGCCAGAAACUUUCAUUCUUCAUUGGACAGGGCAAACAGAGCCGCCCUUCUUCCUCCUCCUCCUCCUCCUCCUCUUACAGCCAGCCGUCCUCUGCCAGCAGCAGCUCCUCCUCCUCCUCUUCCUCCUCCACGUCCACCUCCACCUCCUGCUCUUUAUCCUCCUCACAGUCUACCUCAGACGUCCACUCAGACAUUCGCUUUGUUCCACGUCAGCUGAACCACGUUAACGGCACGUCUUGCAGUAACGGGAAUCGCCACACUGGAGGGAAUGGAGCGUCAUUCUUGGUGCCAUAUGGACAAGAGUCCUCAGAGGAAUCAGACCAGGAGACCUGUGGCACUCUGGAUAACGGCUGUUUUGGAAAGUCUCACCUUAAUGGAAACAACAGAACAGGGGAGGUCUUUGAUAAAUCUCCUCAGGCCACCAACGGAGAGUCGGGGGUGCACCAUAAUGGUACCAGAUUAAAUGGACCAACCAAUGGUGUCCCUAAAGCCAGUCAAAAUGGACACCAUUAUGGACACCACAAAGUGAAUGGACACAGCACUCCUGAUAAAAUCUCUGGCAGUAAUCAUGGCAGUUCAUCCUCCGUGGCUUCUGUUAAUGGACUAGACAGUGACCAUAGUCAAACAAAGAAAGAGGCACAAAAUUCUGCCUCACCCCAGGCCAGUUCUUCUCAGAGCAUCCAUCCUGCUGCCAGUGAAAGCCAGGAAAUCUCUGCUCCUGACUCAAGGGCUAUAACUGUGUCUGAACCCCUGCCUCAGCAUACCACAUCCCCGGCUGUUAGCUCUCCUCCUUCAGCUACUGCUUCAAAGACCCCUUCUGUUACAUCUAAAGAAACUGCUUCCUCUUCUGCCCAUCAUGGCAACAUCAAUGUGGCCUUAUGCACCCCGUCAGACUCCCAAAGCACUAAUGGGCCUGCAGCUGCACAGAACGUCAGCAGAGGUGGGGAUGGAGCAGUGGAUCUACCACACACCAGUAGUCUGUCAGCAGGGACUGAAGGACGUACAGAUGAUAAGGAACAAUACCAGUCCAAGCCCAGUUCCAGAAGUAAUGAAGGACAAUCUUCCAGAGACAGGGAGAGGGACAGAGUGUACUCUGAGUGGACCAGAGACAAAGAGAGACACUACAGGGACAGGAGUCAGGAGCGAGAAAGCGAUGGUGAUCGUCAUCGGUACAGACGAGACUACCGAGAUCACUACUCUCAUCGCUCAUAUAGGGAUCGUUUGCUUCCUCACGAUCGUUCCUACAGGGACUGGGAGUCUGAGCGCCGCCGAGAGCGGACUAUCCACCACCCCAGGGAGCGUGACCGUGACAGGUGCUCUCACCAUUACCACCACUAUCAUCACCAUCGGUCCAGAGAGGACUGGAGCCGUGAGCGGAGGGGACAUGGUUAUCCCUACCGUGAGGACUCUCAUAGCCGCUGGAGGUGGAAGGAGGACAGUCGAGAAUCCCGGGUAAUGAAGGACAAGAGCAAUGGCAGAGGGAGGGACUAUUACCCCUCAAAGGAGGAGAAUUCCUCGCCUGCCACAGGGCCAGAAAUGGCCACAAAGUCAAAGGGCUCACCCCCUCAGGCCCGUCUCUCCGUGUAUGAAUUGGAUUCAAACAGAGAUGAUCAAAAUCACAAGAGGGCUGCUGAUCCUCUGAGCAAGGAGAGGGAUGAUAGCUCUGAGACCCGUCACUCUAAAAAACACAAAAAGAGCAAGAAGAAAAAGAAAUCGAAGGACAAAGACCGACACCGUGAGAGUGGAAGUUCAGAUGUGGAUUCAGAACGAGCCACCGAAACAAAAAAGAAGAAGAAAAAGAGGAGGCAGCAGGACAGCGAGGCCGAGCAGCACAGCCCGGAAGCAACAUGGAGCCACAAGAACAGAAGCAGUGAAGAGAGGGAGAGCCGCAAGCGACGAUACUAUGACAUCAAGGACACUAAAUGUGACAACAGUUUCUCUCCAGAAAAGCGCCGGUGCAUAGACUACGUGAAUGGCAGAAGUGAAAAUCAACUGCCCUCCAACCACACCACAAACGGUUCAGCUCACCGCCAUCUCAACGGGCACACAGGAAACGGUUACAGCCAAACCAAUGGCGACUCCCACGGUUUCUGCGGUGGCUUGAAACACUGACUCUGAGCGGGCAACCCUUGAACGAUCAUCAUGACACAUCAACACCAUUUUAACAAGACAACAUUAACAGCAGAGGAAUGACAUCAACAACUUUCUGACGUGGUGCUUCUUCAUUGGGAAUAUGUUGUAUUUUUACCACAAUUGAAGUGUUUUAAAUGUUGAGAAAUCUUUUUUUAAGGCAUUGAUUUAUUUGCUGUAAUUCUCCUAACUAUGAUUAAAAAACAUUCACCUGUUGAA